GGCGUGGUCUCAGUGUCCGCGUUGAAAAGCGGCUGCGGCUGGUAGUCGUUAAAGCGCAGCGGUGAUGGAGGAGCCGAGGAUCCGAGUACUACAGAGCCUCCGCGGGAAGAUCUGUGAAGGGAAGAAUCUGGGAUGUGGCUCCGGAUCGAACCGUCUGCGAGAUGUUGGCACCUUCUGCACAAUCAGCCUGGACCAGGAGGAGGUGUUCCGCACUAAAGUCUACGAGAAGAGCCUCAGUCCGUUUUAUGGAGAGGAUUUCUACUUUGAGAUUCCACGGCCAUUCCAGUGUCUGUCCUUUCACGUUUACGCCAAGAGUGUGUUCCAGAGGGAGCAGCCAGUAGGUAAAGUGUCUAUUAGGAAGGAUGAUCUCAGUAAGUACAGUGGAAAGGAGCACUGGUUUGGGCUGCAGCCUGUGGAUCCCAACUCUGAAGUGCAGGGGAAGGUUCACCUGGAGAUGAAGCUGAAUGAGCUGAUCACAGAUAAUGGGCCGGUCUCUCCGCGGCUGCAAGUCAGAAUAAUCGAGUGCCAGGGCUUACCCUUGAUAAGUGGGCAGAACUGUGACUCUUUCGCAUCAGUAACACUCAUUGGACCCUCCAGGUCUGAUCAGAGAAAGACGAAAGUGAAGAAGAAAACCAGUGACCCUCACUUUGAUGAAACCUUUUACUUUGAGGUGUCCAGAUCCAGCAGCUACACCAAGAAGUCCCACUUUCAGGUGGAGGAGGAGGACAUUGAGAAACUGGAGAUCAAGGUGGAGUUGUGGAAUAAUGGGAAUUUGGCUCAGGAUGUUUUUCUGGGAGAAACUCGAGUGUCACUGAAGAUCCUGAGAAACGACCUUGUACACAAAGCAUGGUAUCUUCUUCAGCCGCGGGGGAACGGUACUAAGCCGAAGCCUGAUGAUCUGGGUUCUCUGAGGCUGAAUGUGAACUACACUGAGGACAACGUUCUCCCGUCCCCCUGCUACGUUCCCCUUCGGAAACUGCUGCUCAGAUCACCUGACGUUAAGCCUGUGUCUGCGUCGGCAGCUCAUAUUCUGGGUGAUGUGUGUAGAGAUCGGUAUGAAGCGUCUCUGCCGGUCGUUCGGCUGCUGUUACAUCAUAACAAGCUGCUGCCCUUCCUCACCGCCAUCUCUGCUUUAGAGCUGGAGAAUACACAAGAGGCGAACACCAUAUUCCGGGGGAAUUCUCUGGCCACUCGCUGCAUCGAUGACAUGAUGAAGAUGGUGGGGCGGAGCUACCUGACCAUCACACUUAAAACUGUUCUGGAUGAGAUCUGUGAUUCCAAUAAGUCCUGCGAAAUCGAUCCCAUCAAACUGAAGGAGGGAGACAACGUGGAGGUGAACAAGGAGAACCUGCAGAUCUAUGUUCAGAAGGUUUUCUCCUCCAUCACGCAGUCCAGUGCCAGCUGUCCUCCACUGAUGUGUGAUGUGUUCCGGGCUCUGCGGCGGCUGGCGAGCGACCGGUUCCCUGGUGAUCCUCAUGUCCAGUACUCAGCAGUCAGCAGCUUUGUGUUUCUGAGGUUCUUUGCUGUGGCUGUUCUCUCACCUCACACCUUCCAGCUCCGCCCACACCAUCCAGACCCAGAGGUUUGCCGCACUCUGACACUCAUCUCAAAAACCAUCCAGACUCUGGGCAGCUGGAGCAGCCUGUCUAAAAACAAACUGUCGAGUUUUAAAGAGACGUACAUGUACGACUUCUUCAAACUAUUCCAGGAAGAUCAGUGUAUAGAAAAAGUUAAAAAGUUUUUAGACGAUAUUUCCUCCAAUGUGAGUAAAGGAACAUGUGGAGUGGAAGAUUCAGUUGUGCUGAAGGAGGGAGAGAUCCAUAAGCGAGCUCAGGGGAAGAAGCUUUUGGGGAAGAAGAACUUUAAGAAGCGCUGGCUGAGGAUCACUACACGUGAACUGUCCUACCACAAACACAAAGGGAAAGAUGCUCUGUGUGUGAUUCCUGUGAAGAACAUCCUGGGAGUUGAGAAACUGGAAGAGAAUGCGUUCAACCGCAAAAAUAUGUUUCAGGUGUUGCUGGGCGAGAGGCCGCUGUAUGUUCAGGCGGGUAACUGCGUGGAGGCGAGCGAGUGGAUAGAAGUGCUGAGUCAGGUGAGCCGCUGUAACCCGGGACGACUCAGCACCUUCCAUCCGUCCGCCUUCGUUGGGGGGGUGUGGCUCUGCUGCAAGGAGACAACAGAGAACCUGCCCGGCUGUAGGCCCUGCACCACCAGCACACUGGCCAACAUUCAGCUGGAGAUUGACUGUGACAGAGAAACGGAGCGGAUCUUCUCGCUGUUCAGUGCCAGCCUGCCUCGCCUGCAGAAGAUGGAGGAUGCUUGUGCUGGAAUGUCGGUGUAUCUGGGUCAGCAGAAGGAGCAGGAGGAAUACUCAGCCUUUAUCAUACAGGACCCAAAAGAGACCUUCCGCACCAUUAAAGAGAUUCGAGAGGUGCUGGAGGAGCUGAAGGCUCAGCACACCGACAAGGAGGCAUUAACGGACCAGCCAGGAACCAUUGAGAACCCCAUUGUGGGAAAGGUGUUGUAGUGGCUUCAGCCUGAGGAGCGGCGAGCUGCUCCAACUGCGCCCACCAGCAGGGGGUGCGGCGUUUCCUGCCGGAGAGAAACGGCCCGGCGAGAACGCCCGAAGAACACUCCCAUAAUACUCCUGUGUGUCCUGAAGGAGAAAGAGAGAGAGAGGGGACCGCUGGAACGACUGGUCCGGUCCGGUCUGGUCUGGUCUGGUCCAGGUGGAGGACUAGAAGGGCAUUAGAGAGUCAGUAAACGAGUGCCUCCGUCACCAAACGCUUCAAUCAGUCUUAACGAACAAGGCGCGUUUAAGCGCUUACACUUAUUCGCACAAAAAAAAACAAAAAAACAAAAUGACCCAAUCAGCUCCUUCACUCCCACAGGCUGUGACCAAUCAGACGCCUCCGUCUGAGAGAACAAGGCUGCUACCAAUAACUCAAACCUCCAGUUUUGUGUUUGUUUGUUGUAAACAGGGGUUUAGACCCUGUCGACGAUCACGAUGUCGGUUUAAAGGGAAUUCUGCUUGGUUUCGGCCGUGUUUCAGCUCCAGCUCUUUCCGCAGCCGCCCGGAGCCCAGCUUAAUCUGCCUUAUCUUAAUCAGUGACGAUCUCACAAUCCUGCACCUGUCUGAGGAUUAGGGACUAACACACAAGCACUUUAGAUAUCUGGAAUAUUCCAGAUGAGAUGAUUUUAGAUACGGAGUAUCAGUUUAUUCCGCUUUAUUGAUCAGUUGAAUGAUCAGCGCAGCGCUCCUGUAGAUUACGCUUCAGUUCAGAUCCUGCAGAUUUUAUAGCUAUUUUUCUUAAAAAGCCAAAGACUUUUUGUAGAGUUUAGCGGAACUGAAAAAAAGGGUAUUUUUUUCUUCUUCUUUUUUUUCGUAUUCAAAGGAAAAUAGUUUGUCUAUCUGUUUUGUUUGUUUGUUUGUUUGUUUGUUUGAUUGUUUGUUUAAUGGACCAACAUUAAAUAACAUUUAACCUUUUGAACUUUUGAACGAUACAAUCAGACCUGCAGCUCCUUGACCUGCGCAUGUUGUCACAUCUCUUUAAUUCAAUUCUUAGAUCAAUCAGAAUUAAUCCUAUUCGUCCUUUAGCGAAUGUGACGCUAUAUCAUACGAAACAUUCCUUAGUGCACUCAGUCAGCAGCUCAGCUUUUGCACAAUCAGUUCCUCAACUCUCUUCAGCUGCAGCCCGUUUCAAUAUUUUGGCCUCAUUUAUUAAACCUUGUCGUAAGUCAUUAUUAUUAAUAAUAAUAUUGUUAUUGAUGUUAGUUUCUGUUUUGUUAUUGUUAUUAUUAUUAUUUUUAUUACAGUUACUAUUAUUAUUAUUAUUAUUAAUAUUAUUCUUGUUUCACAGUCUAGUCUAUACCGCUAAGACGAGUUUCAUCAUCCACUCUUUGUCCAAAAGUAUUCAGACAGGCAUUCCCCCUGAAAUCGUGAGCUUCAUUUCAGAGUUUGUUGUUAGAGAUGCACUGAAAUUAAUUAUUUUUUUACUAAAACUGAACAAAAUGAAUCAUUUAAUCAUUAAAAAAAACUUCUAUUAGAGAAAACAUCUGAAAUAGGAAGAGUCAAUUGAUGAGCAAUUGUUUGGUAUGAACAAAUUUAUUUAUCAAUUUUUUUGCCAUUUUUGGCUGAAUAAUAUUGCCAAAUAUUCGGUGCAUCCUAAUUUGUUGCCCUUCACUGCAGUAACAGCCUUUUUUCUACCUUUCUAAAAAGGCUGUCCAACUAGUUGUUGGAACAUUGUUGUUAUAGGAGGAAACAUUUGAUUGUAUUCAGCUCCUUAACAGUGAGAGCUUCAGUGAGGUCAGGCCAGACACCAACGUCCCAAAACUACUGACUGGAGCUCCAUCAUCACUCCAGGGAACACAGCUCUACUGCCAGCUCUGCAGCCCAGUGCUGGGGGUCUUUCUACCCCUCUAGCCCACUCUCAGCAUUUAACAGAGCUUCUGUAGGGCCAUGUGCUCAAAGCUGCUCUGGAGUAUCAUGUUCUGCUGAUCAGUAUGAUUUAUAAAUGGAGAUAUCUCAGUUCAGUGUGAUCAGACAUCAUAAGCAGCUCAAUCAGUACAGAAAAUGUGUGUCUGGAUACUGUUGGACAUGUAGUGUGUUUUGGAUUUACUUUUUUUUUGGAUCAUAAAAACCCUUUUCAGUGAAUCUUGUUUUUUUUUUUUUUUUUUUUUUUGGAUCAUUGGGAAACCCCACCUGCUCGAGCUGUAUGUGUGUUUUUUUAAUGUAUGUUAUUAAUGGAAGUGAUUUCAUAAUGUAAUUGAUGAUGUAAUUGAUUUAAAUGGUACAUUCCUCUCUGUGGUACUCUCUGCGUGACCCUUUAGCGGUACACUCUAUGGGUGUGGCCUGUGCCCAUGUGAACGCUCGGCCCGAUUAAUUGAAUCACUGUUAAUUAAUGAAGGAUCCAGAUGUGAGACUCGACCUCGUUGCAACCAGUUAUGGCAUGUUAUGACCUGUUAUGACGCAUUAUGACCUGUUAUGACAGGUCAUGACCUGUUUUGAUGUGUUAUGGCCUGUUAUGACCUGUUAUCCCGUUAUGACUAGUUAUGACCUGUCAUAACCUGUUAUGGUAUGACCUGUAAUGACUUCUUUUGACCUGUUACAAUGCAUUAUGACCUGUAAAUACCUGUCAUGAUCUGUCAUGACCUGUUAUGAUGUCUUAUGGCGUUUUAUGACCUGUUAUUAUUUAAUGGCUUGUUAUGACCUGUUAUAACCUGUUAUGGGAUGACCUGUCAUGACCUCUUUUGACUGUUAUGAUGCAUUAUGACCUGUAAUUACUUGUCAUGAUCUGUCAUGACCUGUUUUGAUGUGUUAUGGCCUGUUAUCAUAUUAUUACUAGUUAUGGCCUAUCAUAACCUGUUAUGGUAUGACCUGUCAUUAACUUUUUGACCUGUUAUGACGCAUUAUGACCUGUAAUUACCGGUCAUGAUCUGUCAUGACCUGUUAUGAAACGUUAUGCCCUGUUAUCACAUUAUGACUAGUUAUGACCUGUCGUAACCUGUUAUGGUAUGACUUGUCAUGACCUUUUUGACCUGUUAUGACCCAUUAUGACCUGUAAUUACUGAUCAUGACCUGUUAUGAUGCGUUAUGGCUUGUUAUGGCCUCUCAUAACCUGUUAUGAAACGUUAUGGCCUGUCAUGACCUGUUAUUUCACGUUAUGGUCUUUUAUGACCUCUCUCUGUUUGUUAUUAACCUCCCGUUUUUUUUUAAGUGAAGCGCAUGUGAAAUCAUGCAGUGGCCUUUUUAGAUCCCCAGUGCUAGAGCAGGGGGUUCUGCUGUUCUAAAUUCAGCUCUUACCAUUUCGAACGAAUGAGGAUAAUGAGAUUAGCAUUAGCAUUAGCUUUGAUGUGGUGUAAAGGGACUCGGGUCUGGUUGGAGUGCCGCAGAGGAGACCUGAAUGAAGACAUUCCACUCGGUGACGUUUUACAGCCGAUCCUGGGAACAGGUUUUAGCAGAAACUCGUGCUAAUCCACAUUGCUAAUCCGCAUUGCUAACGUUUCUGUUUCUGUUUGUUAUUUAAACUUUUUAUAUGAUGAAUUUCUUAACAAAACUCACAUAUUUCUUAUUUUCUUCUUAUUCAGAAAUAAUUUACAAUAAAAUCUCUUGUCAGUU